GGUCACGUGGGGGGCGCGCUCCCGCCCGCAGGGCCCAGCAUGGCGGACGGGCCCGGUGGCGGCGGCCGCCUGUCGCCGCCGGCGGAAGUCCCGGCGCGGCCCCGGCCUCAGGGCGCAAUGAAAGGGCACCGCCGAGUCCAGCCAGUGGACUUUCGUCCCCGCAGCGGUAACGUCCCCGCAGCGGUAACGGCACGGCCAUGAGCGCCCGGGCAGUGGAGGGACCGAUCUUUACAGAGGGCGAGGACUGCCGGGCAGCCUGGCGGGACGCGGUGGCCGGCUACGAUGCGCCGGAUGCCCACCUGGAGAUCCUGGGGAAGCCGGUGAUGGAGCGCUGGGAGACCCCGUACAUGCACUCGCUGGCGGCCGUGGCCACGUCGAGGGGCGGCCGUGUGCUGGAAGUGGGCUUCGGCAUGGCCAUCGCUGCCACCAAGGUGCAGGAGUUUGACAUCGAGGAGCACUGGAUCAUCGAGUGCAACAAGGGGGUUUUCCGGCGGCUGGAGGAAUGGGCCCGGAUGCAGCCACACAAGGUUGUACCCAUGAAGGGGCUGUGGGAGGACGUGGCACCGACGCUGCCGGAUGGGCACUUCAGUGGGAUCCUGUAUGACACCUACCCACUGUCGGAGGAGACCUGGCACACGCAUCAGUUCACGUUCAUCAAGGACCAUGCCUUCCGCUUGCUGCAGCCCGGCGGGGUCCUCACCUACUGCAACCUGACUUCCUGGGGGGAGCUCCUGAAGACCAAGUACACCGACAUCGAGAAGAUGUUUGAGGAGACCCAGGUAGGGCACCUGUUGGAGGCUGGGUUCAAGAAGGAGAACAUCAGCACAACGGUGAUGGACCUGGUCUCCCCCAAGGAAUGCAGGUAUUACUCCUUCCAAAAAAUGAUCACCCCCACCAUUGUCAAGCACUGAGAGUGCCGCCAGUCUGGCACCAUCCCUUGGGGCUGCCCUGAAGCCACAGGAAGCAAACACUAAGGAAAGGAGACUGAUUAUGCACACUUCGAGGA